GGUGCGGCUGGUUCCCGUGGCCCGGUGGGCUGAACUGGAGAACCUGAGGGCUGCAGCAAACGCUGCCGCAGCUCAACACCCGACUUUUUACCGCAGGUCCUGAAUGGGGUCAUUUCUGCUCAGUCUGUGUUUCCAUGUGGGAACAGUUUGUUUUUACUGACUUUGAGCUGCGUUUAGUAUGAAGGCUGCUUUAUAAAUAAGAUUUAUUACUGAUGGUCACUGCGACACGUCAGCUAGUCCGCCAUAUUGGAAGUGGCAAGUCUUCUCCCUUUUUCAAUUUAAAUGUUUAUUUAUUUGUUUUACAAACUCUGAACGACCUUUAUGGCUCCAAUGUAGCUCCAUACUCCUGUCGGCAGAUCGUUGCAGUGGAGCUUCCGGAUCCCUUUAAGGCGCCGCCUCUGUGGGCGGAGUUAGUGACUUCUUUUGAACUUCGGCUCUUCCUUUCGGUCUUGAAUUCAACAGACUGUCAGUUUAGUGAUGCAGCAUUUCAGGGACCAAACAUGACGCUUCGAGUGGACUGUCUGCUGACCACCGCCGGGCUGCCGCUGUUCCUGGUCGACAUCGUCCUGGACGUCCUGGCUGCUGUGGAGUUUUACAGGGAGGGAUCGUACCUGUGCCUCGGGGUGCUGCUGGUGCUGCUCAUGGGCUCCUCGGUGCUGGUGCAGCUCUACAGCUGGCUCUGGUACAGCUACGAUCAUUUUGAGAUGAGGACCAGAGUGGAGGAGUCCGCGAAGUCCGGCCUCGGGGUUCUGCACUGGGUCCAGCUGGGGAUCUACGUCAGACAUGCAGCCGUCAUGGAGACGUCUGUGAAGAGCUGCUGCUCCGACUGUGACAGCCAGGAGGAAGACACGGCGGCGUUCCUGACCCAGGACCUGAGCAUGCUGCGGAUCAUCGAGACCUUCUCAGAAAGCGCGCCUCAGAUCGUCCUGCUGCUCGCCGUCCUCCUGCAGGACGGGUCGCUGGAGCUGUUCCAAGUGUUGAAGACCGUCGGCUCGCUGUCGGCCGUGGCGUACUGCGUGACCACCUACCACCGCUGCUUGCGCUCCUUCCUGCCGGACAAGGAGGAGCAGUCCAUCCUGUCCUCGCUCGUCUUCUUCACCUGGAACCUGCUGCUCCUGGCCGCCCGCGUCGUGGCGCUCGCCCUCUUCGCCUCCGUGUUUCCCUGCUUCAUCUUCUCACACUUCGUCUGCUCCUGGCUGCUCUUCUGCUACUUCGCCUGGUGGGUCGACACACACUUCAUGGAGAGCGUGGGGGGGGAGCGGCUGUACCGGGCCACCGUGGGUCUCAUCUGGUACUUCGACUGGUUCAACGUGGUGGACGGGAAGACCAGGAACUGGGCCAUCUUGUACCACGGCUGGAUCCUGCUGGACAUCCUUGUCCUCUGUGGACUGUGGUUCUGGAAGAUGAGCUGGGAUCCUCCUGACUUUGAGCUGUCCAGUCUGCAGGCGGCCGUCGUUUGGGGCGCCGUGGUCGCCGGAUACGCCGUGGGUUUGGUUCUGAGGAUCGUUUACUACGCCUUCUUCCACCCAAAGUUGAGCAAAGACGAGCUGAUAGGAGGCAGCGUGAAGACGCAGGCCGAUGAAAUGGACGCCCCUCAUGAUGAUGGCGGACAUGCCAUGUUUCGUUCAGCGGCCAGAACCCCCACCGGGCCGAGCCGCCCGCCGCUCCGCAACAAGAGGAUGAAGAAACUGGCUGAGAACUUCUACUCUUCAUCCGCUGAUGGGGCUGAGGUCUGAAACCUGCAGCAUCGGGUUGAACUGGACUUUAACUAGGCCGUUUCUCCUCCAGGAUCAGCCUCAGAGACCCGUCCUGAACCCGUCCUGCUCCUCAGAACCAGAACCCGACCUGCUGCUUUAAAUCGCAGGAGAAGAAAGUCCAUCACAUCCAGGACAAAUGUUCUGGUUCUGGUUCUGCUCAGGGUUCUGGUUCUGGUUCUGCUCAGGGUUCUGGUUCUGGUGCUACAUUAGGUUCUCUCUCGUCGGUCGUUCCUGCAGCGUUCAGCCGGACCGGUUCCGACCCGUCUCGGUGUCUGGAGGCGGGUCGGAACCGCGGGUUCCCAGCCGGGCUUAGAAAUAUAAAAUGGAAUAAUUUAUUAAUCUUGUUUUCUGUUGUGGAUAAAUUUAUAAAAGAUCAAAUGUUUUCUGCCAGUUUUAUUCUAGUUGUAAAGCAGAUAAACGUUCAUGAAGCUAAUCGUCCGUCAGAUGAACCCGAUUAUUCCUGAUCACAGAUGAUGGAGGCGGAUCCGACUCACCGACGGAUCGGAUUUAGUUUCUUUGUGUUCAGCAGCCAGAAGCUCCAGGCCUGCGGUGGAUGUUAGC